UUGACAUUAAUUUGGAGGUUAUUAAUUGUUAUUUGAGCUGGUGACGUUAAAUAUUUAAAAGAGGAAUAAAAACUCUAAAUAUUUACAUAAUAAUCCUCUCCAUUAACUAAAAAUGUCGGGAAAUAUCCCCGACAGAUGGAUACCAUACAAAGCCCUUGGAAAUGUAAUUAAUGGAACAAGGAUUAUAUGCUUUAAAGUACCCUUACAUAAGAGAGUGCAGAGAAGCAGUUUUAUUACCGUGAAGGAUUUAUGGGAUAUAAAUACACUUUUAAAAGCUAUUCCAAAGUUGGGAGCAGUCAUAGAUUUGACUAAUACGGUGAAAUACUACGAUCCAGCGGAGCUGAAAUCAAAAGGCGUACUAUAUAAGAAAAUUAUAACGCCAGGUCGUCAGCUGCCGCCGGAGUAUGUAGUAAAUGUGUUCAUGGACACUGUGGACGAAUUUCUUAAAAUAAAUGAUGAUUGGUUGAUUGGUGUUCAUUGUACUCAUGGCUUGAACAGAACGGGCUACAUGGUCUGCCGUUAUAUGCGGGAUCGUAUUGGGAUACCUGCUAAAGAUGCAAUUAAAAGUUUUGAAAUGGCAAGAGGCUAUCAAAUAGAAAGAGCUAAUUUUAUUGCUGAUCUACUAGGUAAGAGUCCCGCUGCACCGGAUCUAGGGACCGACACGGUAAUAAAGCCGGUAAAAAAGAAAUAUAAAAUUAAACGUAGUUCAUCUCCAACGAUGAAAAUAGUAAAGUAAUAGAUCGUAGUAUUUCAAAAUCUAGUACGUCAUCAUACGAGUUUGAUUAUAAAUAUGAUUAUUGAGAAUCAAAUAUAGGAACUUUCCUGAAAAAUAAGUGUUAACAAAGUGUUUUCAUUACAGUUUUAAUCUAAAUAUUAAAUACAAACAUAUUUGUGGAAUAAUAGUUCGAGAUAUACAUAAUACUAGAUAUAUACUAGAUAUAUGUAUACUUUUCCACAAAUAUGUUUGUGUUAUAAAGUCGAAUGUAUUUUUUACAUUAUCUAGUUUUUAAUCACUUUAACUUUUUACAAGAAUAUGUUUUUACAUAUAUGUAGGGCAUACAAUUACUCAUAUACAUAUAUUAUUUAUGUACUUGAAUAGCCAAUUGGUUAGUAGGUUGUUAGCAUAAUCAAUCGAGCAAUAUUAAAAUAUUUCUCUAAGCACUUUUGUGUUUAUGAUUUACUUGUGACUUAUAAAUAUAAUUUGAUAUAUCGCUUUAAUAAAUAUGACAUUUAAAA